GCUUCAUUUACUCUGUGGGGAAGCGGGGACCUUAGAUCAGAUUGGGGUAGGUCUCGUGGAGUGGCCGUAUGCACCCCAAAGACGGUGAUUCCAUUUUCAGAUCCGAGCCCCGGCCAACGCCAUGAAUACGAUGUUUCAUUGCAGAUCCCAUGCGGCAGGUCCUCUCUUAAAAGCGACCGUCUGCCAACUUCGCUAACUUGAAGCGUCCUAGCCACCAUCGUCUCUAUUGGCGCGCAAGUCUAUCGUCGUGUGGUCGAGUUGCCGCCGUAUUUUGGACUUCGCGACCCUUGAAGUAUUUAAGGCGACGAUUGGAAUGUCUUAACGUCGAAUCGCGUCAAGUACCGAGCGCUGCACGACUUCAAAGCCAAGGCGUCUGAGUCUCUUGUUACAUAUCCAUCAUGGGCAUCUCAAGCUUCCUCCUCCUCGGCCUCGGGGCGCCUCGUUGGCCGCGAGUCAGUCAUUCCAGUCGACACCCGUCAUGGGAUGGAAUUCGUACAACCAGGUCUCCUGUAGCCCGACCAAUGCCGGCAUCACGGCUGCCAUCAAUUCUUUGGCUGACCGAGGCUUCGUCACCGCGGGCUACAAGUACUUCCAGAUCGACUGCGGCUGGGCCUCCAGAGAUGGCCAGCGAAAUGCGACAUCGGGCGCGUUGAAGGUCGACACAAACGCGUUCCCCCAGGGUCUCAAGCCCUUGAGCGAUCUUGCGAGGUCUAAAGGCAUGAAAUGGACCAUGUACUCAGACGCCGGCGUGCGCAUGUGCGACCCCCGGGUCCCAAGUCCUGUCCUGGGCUCACUCGGUCACGAAGCCGCCGAUGCCGACUUUUUCAAAACUCUCAACACAGAGUAUCUCAAGUAUGACAACUGCUAUGUCGACGGCCCUAACGAAUCGCAGAAUGCGCCGAAGGAUCCGCGAAGCGAUUUUGUCUCGCGCUUCACGGUCAUGUGGAAAGAACUUCAACGAGUCGGCAUUCCGGGCAUGCUGAUCUGCCAAUGGGGAACCCCCUAUUCAGCUUCCAGUGGCCUCCAGGGGCCCGCGCAAUGGACGAAGGGCAUCUCGACUUCGUUCCGUCUGUCAGACGACAUUGCCACAGGCUGGGACAACGUCUACCGCAUCUACAACCAAGCCGUUCACAUUGUUAAGUCCGGCAUCGUCGGACCGGGCAACAUCGCCGAUGCUGACCUUCUUGAAGUCGGCAACACUGGCAUGACUUUUGAUGAGCAGGCCACCCACUUUGCGUCCUGGGCUAUGCUCAAGUCUGCCCUCAUGAUUUCCACCAACAUUGCUGCUCUUUCUGAUCAGGCCGUAGCCGUCUUGCAGAACAAGGAUCUUAUCGCAAUCAACCAGGACUCGGCCGUCAAGCCUAUCAAGCUCGUUCAGCGUUGGACCGGAAACCGCGAUCUCUGGGCCGGUGACCUCGCCAACGGGGAUGUCGCUGUCCUUGUCGUGGACCUGAGCAAUGCCGCCCGCACGCUGACUGUCCAGCUCGCCGACCUCGGCAUCACCUCCGCCACGGUUAAGGACCUCUGGACGUCGAAGUCUGUCACGAACGCCAACAGCUACUCUGCGCAAGUCAAUGCCCAUGGUUCACUCGCACUUCGCCUCUCCAACAUCAAGCGCUCAACUGCCGCAGGCGCGAAGUACAACUACGUCUCUGUCGCCACCGGCUCGCUGUCAUCCGGCGCGAACCUGCAGUCAUGCUCCGGCUGCACGUCCUCUAACAAGGUCGGCAACCUCGGCGGCUCCUCCAACGGCCGCGUAGUGCUUUCAAAUGUCUCAACUUCCAAGGCCGGCACGCAGACUGUACUGUUCGACUACAUCAACGGUGACGUCGGAUACCUGGGAGGCAGCAACAACGAGAGGCUGGCAUCCAUCAGUGUCAACGGGGGCGCCGCGCAGACGGUCAGCUUCCCUCUUAGCGGAUACAACUGGUCUGCAGAUGUUUUCAAGGGGUACGCGGUUGAGUUGACAGGUUUCACGGCUGGCGGCGCCAACACCAUUAGCAUUUCUGGCGUGGGAAGUGCCUGGGCGCCGGACUUUGACCGGGUCGGUGUAGCUGCGUAGACGUUGCAUGCACAGGAAUCAAAGCUAGGAAUCAAUGACAUAAUGUUUUCCAUUCAUCAAUGAACCCCUUGCCACAGUUCAGUGAGGUUGAAG